CAGCGCGACAGGGACCGAUGCUGCCGCAGUGAGAGCGUGUGCUGCUCGCCAGCCCGGGCACCGCGACACCCACCCGAGAGGAGAGACCCUGGGAGAGGAAGAAACCCCGCGACCAAAAUGCCACGCUCCUUCCUGGUCAAGAAACAUUUCAAUUCAUCCAAGAAGCCCAAUUACAGCGAGCUGGACACUCAUACAGUGAUUAUAUCCCCAUACCUGUAUGAAAGCUAUCCAGUCCCUAUCAUACCACAGCCAGAGAUCCUGAGCUCAGUAGCUUACAAUCCCAUUACUGUGUGGACUACAACCGGGCUGCUACCGUCUCCAUUACCCAACGACCUCUCUCCGCUUUCUGGAUACCCCUCGUCUUUGGGAAGAGUCAGCCCACCUCCACCUUCUGACACCUCCUCCAAAGAAAGUCCCAUUAGUGAUGAAGAAGAGAGAAUCCAGUCCAAGCUUUCAGACCCCCAUGCAAUUGAAGCUGAAAAAUUUCAGUGCAGUUUAUGCAGCAAGACCUAUUCCACUUUCUCUGGGUUGGCCAAGCACAAGCAGCUGCACUGUGAUGCCCAGUCUAGGAAAUCAUUCAGCUGUAAGUACUGUGACAAGGAGUAUGUCAGCCUGGGAGCGCUUAAGAUGCACAUCAGGACCCAUACACUACCUUGUGUCUGCAAGAUCUGUGGCAAGGCUUUCUCUAGACCCUGGCUACUUCAAGGACACAUUAGAACUCACACUGGAGAGAAGCCGUUUUCCUGUCCUCACUGCAACAGGGCUUUUGCAGACAGAUCCAAUCUGAGGGCUCAUCUGCAGACCCACUCGGAUGUGAAGAAAUACCAGUGCAAAAAUUGCUCCAAAACUUUCUCCAGAAUGUCUCUUCUGCACAAACAUGAGGAAUCUGGCUGCUGUGUAGCACACUGAGUCAUGCAGUCAAUGUUUACCUGGACUUGACAAUGCAUUUCUCCACUCCUGUUCCAAAUGAUAGGUGGAAAUCCAAAGGUGUUUUCUCAUCUACUUUUCAGCCAAAAAAAAAAAACA